AUGGCUGAACGGAAUCCCAAGGACUCCAUGAAGUCCACUUGGCGCCGGCAGGCCCGCUCAGAGUGGACUCUGUUCCACUGGUUCUACGAACUACUCGGAGUUCACCCGGAACAUCUCGACCAGAACGUCCCUGUUCACCUGAAAGAGGACGCUGUUCCCUAUGUACCGAACUGGUCCACACACCGUUGGGUCAUCACUCACGCCGUCAUUCCACUCCUAUUACAACACGCCUACGUCCAGUACACAGGCCGCAAUCUCAGCACCCUCGCCGCCUUCAUCUUUUACAGCAUCAGCUUCAAGCUGAUUGCCAUCCACGAACUACACGUCCUCCGCCGUUUAGGCCAUAUCCACGGCUUCUUAGAUGGCGAUAAGCACGCCCGCGACGGCGUCCCAGAUAUCGGUGUCGCAAAGGUCGUUCGAUCCCUAAUUUCAACCUCCACAAUACGUCCCAUGAUGUCCGUAUUCCUCGCCUACCGCACUAACGAAGCACCCGCAUCCAUGAAUUUCCUCUGGUUACCCCUGGAAAUCGGCUUAUACGGCAUCAUCCUCGACUUCUGGUUCUACUGGUACCACCGCCUCAUGCACGAUUUCGAGCCACUGUGGAAAUACCACCGUACCCACCACCUGACCAAGCAUCCCAACCCACUCCUCACCCUCUACGCGGAUCUGGAGCAGGAGUUCUUCGAUAUCGCUGGUAUCCCGCUAAUGACGUACUUCACCAUGAAGCUCGUCGGGAUGCCGAUGGGCUUCUAUGAGUGGUGGGUCUGUCACCAGUAUGUUGUUUUCGCUGAGCUGGCGGGACACAGUGGUCUUCGUGUUCACUCUAGCCCGCCUUCGACUUUUAACUGGCUGUUGCGUUACUUUGAUGCGGAGCUGGUUAUUGAGGACCAUGAUUUGCAUCACCGGAAGGGUUGGAAGAAGAGCCAUAACUAUGGAAAGCAGACUCGGCUUUGGGAUCGCAUUUUCGGUACUUGCUAUGAUCGCAUUGAGUCAGUGGAGCAUAAUGUGGAUUAUGUGAAUCAGUCGCCCAUGCCGCUGUAUUGA